AUGUUGCUGAGUGUUGUGAACGCCCCAAGCUUCAAUGGCGGUGGAGUAGGCGGUCAGCACCGCAAACCUGCCACUGAACUUGGGAACUUCGAGCACCAUUUUACGAUUCCGUCUCUCCCGCAGCCCAUCCCUCCCACCCCAACAGACACCAUGGCGCACCACGCUGAGGAUGACAGCUAUCACCCAAAGGAUGCGAUCUCGACCGCAAUCAAGGCUCUGACCAUCACCGGUGGUAUCGGCUUUAUUGGAGCCGCUGCCCAGGUCACUAUGCAUAAGCAGAACAUGAGCCCUCUCGCCGUCUUUACUCGAUUUGGAGGCACCAUUACCAUGCUCGGUGGAAUGGGUGGCACAUACGCCUUCGUGAGGGCUGCAUCGGCCAACUUGCGCGAGAAGGAUGACCCUUGGAACACCGCGGUGGCUGGCUUCUCUGCCGGUGCUCUGCUGGGCCUGCGAGCCCGCACUUUCCCCGCUGUUCUCGGCUACGGUGCUGCCACUGCCACUCUGAUGGCCGCCUUCGACUACACCGAAGGAUUUUACGGAUACUCGAAGAAUAAGGAUGAGGAUGAAUUUGAGCGCCGCCAGAAGCUGCGCAAGGCUUACCAGACUCCCGCUGAGCAGACUUUCGCGGAGCUGGGUGAGGGACGUGGCAUUUACGGCCCCAACUACGAGGAGCGCCGCCGGGAGCGGAUCAAGGAGGCAUAUGGUAUUGAGGUUCCCACAUCCCCAGUUCCUGCAUCAUAA